UAAAAAACCUAACACGGCAGUGGCGGAUGGCCGCCCACCAUUGAGUCUGGUUCUGGCUCAGGCUUUGACGUCAUAUGUCUUUUAAUCUCUCUGAGAGCUCAGAGGGAUUUUGCUUACAGGGGGGCAAUCCACUCUUUGCUCUCUUUGCUGUCAAACAGCCAAAGGAACUGAGAAUCAAUAUUUUCUUCAUAGCAAUGUGGAAGUGGCUUUGUCAGAUUUUAGGAAAUACAAAUAUUGAAGAAAAAAGGGAAUUCUUAGAGGGAUUUGGAGAAGAUCACUGAGAAGUCAAUUGGAUUUGUUGAGCAGGUUACCUUGAAACAGCCAACACAGGGUAGUCUGCUGGGGGCACAAGCCAUGGAUUCAUUCAGUGCACUGCGAUGAAUGUGCUUGCCAACGUCUAUGUAGGUUUUUCAUUAUUUUAGCAACUUAAUUUUUUCCUUUGUAUUUAAAAUCAUGGGUCAAGCACAGAGCGGCACAGAUACGGAAGUGACUCUUCAAAACAUCCAGGAACUCUACCGUAAGUUUGCGAGUGAAUGUCCAAGUGGAAAUCUGCACUUACAUGAAUUCAAGAAAAUCUUUGGAAUCAACAGCAAAUCCACAGAAGCAGAAACUGCAUAUAUGGAAAAUGUGUUUCAGUCCUUUGAUACUAAUAAGGACGGUCAUAUAGACUUCAUGGAAUAUGUGGCAGCAUUGCAUCUUGUUCUUCGUGGAAAACUCGAGGACAAACUGAAAUGGUCUUUUAAAGUUUAUGACAGAGAUGGAAAUGGCUGUCUGGACAGAGAGGAAGUGAAAAACAUCGUCAGUAUCAUCUACAAGAUAAAGAGACAUAAUAAUCUGGGCGACACAGAGAAUAUUGAAGAUAUUUGUGACAGAAUAUUUGAACUGGUGGACAAGAAUAACGACAGUCAGAUUUCUUUGGAGGAAUUUAUUGAGGGGGCUGAAAAAGACCCAUGGGUGAUGGACCAGCUCAAACUGGACAUUGGGCCCUGUGAUUGGUUCAUUGGACAGCAGAAGAAACCCUGAUUUCGUAAUAAACAGCGUUUGUUUUUUAUGACAAAUGAUUGCCUUCAGUGUUCAGUCCUGACGCAUCAGAGAAGUGUUCACACUGGGUUUGGGGUUUUUGUGAUUAUCCAAGGAAACAAUCUGCAUGGGGUUUUCUGAUCUGGGAGAUUCUAAGAUUCAGGAUGAUCUCAGUGGUUAUUUCUUCAGCUGUGGGACAUGCCAACAUGCUUGGAGAUGCAGCCUGAAUCUCAUCAUUAAAUCUUCAAUCUCAACCAACUUCUCUUUUUUUUUUUUGGAAGAUCAGCAUGUCAUGUUCAUCUUCUACCAAGUGUGAGGACAGAUGUCAUGGCUGAGAGUCUGAGUUUUUCCUCUAAAAUGUUUUUUUUUACAUCUGGAAACAGCUUCAUGGAGAUCGCAACUUAACCCUUUGGUAUUUCUGUGAUCAUCAGUUUUACAAGUAAUACAUAUUCAACAUGGAUGCAUGUUUAUACCUAUCAGCUGAAGCUUUGACUGACAAGAUUCACUCUGUAGCAACAUGUAACUGAUGCUUGUUUUCUAAGUGGCAGUGAUGCUGCUAGGUACUCCUCCUGCGUCUCUGACGCUUUAAAAUCCGAAAGGACGCAGUAAACUUUUUUCCCUGACAGUGCUACAUUGUGAACAAAUACAUGUUGAAAUCAUAUAAAGAGACUAAAGAAAAAAUUAGGUAAUUUAUUAUCAGACUGCAGCCUCUCACCUGCUCUCUGUCAGGGCUGAGCACACACACAAAAACACACACACGGAGCGCAGUCAGGUCAGACAGGCCGCGGUGGAGAUUACUGAGUUGACGAUAACUACGCUCGUUAAUGUAAAUAAGUGCAAUAAAACCUUAGCGGGUAAAAAGCCAAUACUUUAUCAAUACACCUGCAAGCAUAAACAUGUAGAAAGCGAUGUUUUAAUCUGCUCUGUCUGCAGUCUGAUCCAUGU